UAUGAUUUCAUCAAAAUGUUAUUAAUUUUUUUCUUUCUAAGUGUCUUUAAUGGAGGCUCUAAAGACCAAGCAGAGAGCAGCUCUGCUGCUGGGCUGAUUUUCCAUACAGGAAAUCUUUUAGCUCCUCCCUCGUGUUCCAGUAAACAACUUUCUGUUUGUCAGAGUUUGUUUUCCAGUCCAGCAGAACAAGAUCUCUCUGCAGUUGCUUUGACUGCAUCAGAGGAAGUUCAACACCUGACAAAGAAGACUGGUGAAAAUGUCACCUUUGACCUUGGGGUCCAAGAUCUGAAACAUGACGACCAUGUCGUCUGGUCGCACGGUGCCAGCAGCUCUGUGAUCUACAACGUUUACAUCGGAAAGGAUCAGAUCAACCAGCGGAGGAGAUUUGACCUCAGCCUGAGAACCGGCUCGCUCACCAUUCACGCUCUCUCUUCUGGAGACGCUGAUGUUUACCUUGGACAGAUCAUCAACGGCAGAGGAACCAGAAAACGCUUCAACCUGACUGUAGAGGAUCCCAUCCCAGUGACCUCUGACCCCCCUCACAACAGGGAACCCUGGGUAAUUGCAGUCAUUGUGAUUGGCUGCAUCUUCUGUGUGGGACUCUUUAGUUACGCACUGAAGACAUAUUUUGAGCUGUGUUGAUCUUUGCAGAGAAGACCAGAGCUGAUCUGACCAGCAGCAGCAGCAGCAGUUUGUGACCAAAGCCAAGAGGAAAGUGAUCCACAGAUCAGCUCGGCGCUCCGGGUCGGGACCGGCUGACGGAUCCUUUCUGAAGAACUUUUCAAACUCAUUCUGCUCUGAUCCUUCUUUCCCACAAAUGUUUCUCCAUUUUAAAUCAGAAUUCAUCACAACUGAUAUUAGAAGUAGUAGAACAAUAAGUUAGUAAAGUUUUGUUUCUAAAGCACAUUUUCACAAACAGCAGUCAGAAAAUUCUUCAAAGGAAACAUAAAUACAAUACAUUCAAAAUUUUAUUUUCAUAAACUUGUACCAGAAAAGAAGUGUAUUUUAAUACAUUUAUACUUCUUAUUUAUACUUUUUCUCUGCCUUCAACAUGUUCCAUCACUUCAUUUUUAUUGUUACUCCUUGGGAAAAUGAACUUUUAGAUGUAGCAUCUUCAGUUUCUUCUUAUUUCUGUGAACUAAGACUUGAUGUUAGUAAAGAUGAAGCAGAUCUUCUGGGAUCCCUCAGGGCUUUGUGUGUGAACCGGCUAUAAGCUCAGAGCUGGUGAAAUAACACAGGACUGGAAAUAAUCUGCUACUGGAAGAUAUUUUUAAAAUGUUUGAUGAUAGACGGGUUUGGCUGGAGUUCAGCUAACAGAACAGUUCAAUCAAUAGAUGGUCAGGAAAAGGAGCAGCAAUAUUUAUUUACUUCCUGUUUCUGCCCUUUGACCUCUGACUCAGACUUCUCUGUAUGAAACUAACAAGCACCAAGACUUCAUCUCCAGAGAUUUCUGUUUUUAAUGCUGGAUAUGAUGAGCUGCAUCUGAUUAUUGGCUAAUUUCAGUUUUGAUAUUUAUUCCAGGUGUUGCUGAAGUUAGAAACUGUUGACUGGUUGUGAGUGGAGCGUUUCAUUUCAAUACAUUUAUUUUCAGUUUUUCUCUCUUGCAGAUUUCUUCUCUUUUUUUGUCUCUUAAAUGUUUCAGAUCAUCAAACCAAAUGUAAACAUCAGACAUCAGAAAAUGAAGCACGAUUUACAAACAAUGAUUUAUCAAUGGAAAAUGGAGGCACACGCUGUUGUAGUCAGGUGUCGCCCCCUGCUGGCAACAUGAACUCAGGUUUCUUUCUGCACCGCAGUGAUUCUGCGAGUCGCGUGUUUUAUUUCCACUGGUCACACCGCAGGGUGUGAGGCCAUGUUGACCUCUGACCUCAGUUUCUGAUCCGUUUCACUGCUGAUGAUCAGUUUAAUAAGGAUGUAACUGUUGGGUUUUUCAGCACGCCUCGGGUCAGACUGUCCUGCAGGCAGAACGAUCUGGAACAGUUCUGCUUAUUCCAGACGGGAAUAUCGGGAAUAAAUAUUCCUAUCUGGAAUAGAUAUUAGACAUGUAGAACCUAAUUUUAACUUUUAAAAGAACCUACAGCUAGGUUCUUUUAAAAGCUAAUUUUAGGCCUUAUUGGUAUAAAUUAUGUCCUUAAGAGGAAAAUCUGUUUUUAAAGACAAACCUGUUUGUUUUAUUGACCCAGAAAUGGAACAGGACCAGGAACAGGAACAGGAGCUCCUGGUUUACAGACUUUAGAUCAACAUUGGAUUAUUUUUCUUCUUUUGCUCUUUGGUUUAUUUUGUUUAUAUUUACUUUUAAUUCCUGUAAAGCAUUUUAAAUUGCCUUGUUGCUGAAAAUGUGCUAUAUAAAUAAAAUGACCUUUAGCUGAUGAACAGAAAAACUUCUCUUUUCCUGUAAAAAGAGUUUUUCUCUCCUCCAGUAAACCGAUCAGAUGGGUUUAUGAACAGUUUUACCUUAUAAUGUUCUGGUCCAGGUUUCAGGUUCUGAUCCGGUCCACAUAUCUGAAUAAAACCAUUUUCCUUCCAGAAUCACGUCGGUAUCAGGUUCCUGCGAUGCCUCAUCUGUGUUCUUGGUCCUGGUGUCUCAUCGUCUCCCAUGGAGCCUCUGUGGGGUUCGGGUCAGGAAGGGGUACCACUGUUGCCAUGGUGACUAAAGAAAUGUUGGUACUUUGGGCACCAGAUCAGCCUCUCAAUAAAGUUUGUGAGCAGAAGGAAGCAUGAAGGUUCUGAUAGACGCUGCGUUGAUGGUGGACUUCAGAACCCAGUGGACCAGAACCAGCAGUUGUCAUGGCGACCAAGAUCAUCUCUGACUGGACUGGGUCCUGAUCCUCUCCUCUCUUCCUUUGGAGCCUUGAUUUACAAAUAAAAACUUUAUUUUAUGAAAAGAAAACUUUGGAUCACUAAACAGCUCUCUCCUUUUUUCUUUUUUGGACAUUUUCUUCCACUCAACUUUCCGGUGUCAGUAUGCUUGGGCACAGCAGGUCCGUUAGCUGCUGUAGUUCUGAUGUUUUGUUACUUUUUCAGACGUUUUGGAUUUUCAUCAGCUGAAAAGUGUAAUCAUGACAGUUAAAGCUAAAAUUGGUCCCUGUGCAGUAAAACUUUUCCACUUUCUUCACUUGGCUGUUGAAGUUCAGCUUUUCAAAAACAAACACCUUUAAAUCUGGGAAAAGUG